AUGACGGAGAAAAAAAGUUUUGUCGGCAUUCGUUUUGGGGUGCGCGCGCUCGCGGCGCCGGUAGCGCGGCUUCGCGGCGUUUUCGGCGAAAUCGACAGAGGCCCUCUCGCGUACAGUCGGAGACCGUUUAGUACGUUCAAUCGGCUCGCCCGGCCGAGUCCUGCGCCGCCGCCGCCGCGUCCAAGUCCAACUUCCAUCGCCCAUGCCGCCGCCACCCGCACGCCGAGAAAACGCGAUACGCCACCACCGACGCUCGUCCUCCGUUCACCCCCGUCAACUACCCCUUCACCGCCACGCGACGACGACUCACCCUCUGCCUGGGUCCGUACCUCGUGUCCUCGCCGCAGCCGGGUCCGCCGCCACACGGCCGCCGGGAGCACCGACGCCACCACCGCUGCGCCACCACACGGCAAUGAUCGCGCCGCCCGGAACUAUGCGCCAGAUGCGCAAAUCGUAAUGCGAAGAUGGUGUGUUCCGAAUGUCCAAUGGUCCCAGUUGGUGUUGUGCGCGACCGUGCUGUUCCUGCUGGGCGGCCUGCACAUCUACAGAGGCCCCAACGGCGGACCGCUGCAGGCUUUGGACGAAGUGGCCGACGACGAGGACACAUCCGGUUCCGCCCGGACGACUCAAGACGACCGGACGUACCGGAGGCUCAGGUUCCCGAAGACCAGCAGGCGAUUGCCUCAGGCGAUCAUCAUCGGUGUGCGGAAAGGCGGCACGCGGGCGCUGUUGGAGAUGUUGUUCCUGCACAAGUCCGUGCAAAAGGCCAACGGCGAGGUGCACUUCUUCGACCGGGACGACAACUACGAACGCGGCCUGGACUGGUACAGAAGGCGAAUGCCGUACUCGUUCCCCAACCAGAUCACCAUUGAAAAGAGUCCCAGCUAUUUCGUGACACCAGAGGUACCAGAACGCAUCAAGGCGAUGAACUCGAGCAUUAAGCUGCUUCUCAUCCUCAGGGAUCCCGUGAUCAGGGCCAUAUCGGAUUAUACGCAGUUGCACAGCAACCCAUUGGCGAACCGCAGCAGUAGGUCGUUCGAGCAGCUGGUGGUGAAGCCGGACGGCACGGUAAACACCAACUACCGGCCGGUGUCCGUGUCCACUUACCAUAACCACGUUUACCGGUGGCUGGACGUGUUCCCCAGGGAGCAGUUGUUCGUGGUCAACGGCGACCGACUCAUCACCAACCCCGUGUCCGAGCUGAACCGCAUCGAGACGUUCCUGGGCCUCGAGCACAGGAUCGGCGCCGACAACUUCUACUUCAACCGGACCAAGGGGUUCUACUGUCUGCGGUAUGGGCCUGUGGACAAGUGCCUGAAGGAGACCAAGGGCCGGAAGCACCCGGACGUCCGGCCGUCGGUCGUGGCCAAGCUCCGGGAACACUUCGGCCAGCACAAUCAGAAGCUGUACGACGUGUUGGGCCAAGACUUCGGGUGGCCGGAAAAGUAG